CUCAGUAUAUGAAGAUGUGGCGCCCCGGGGAAGACUGAGAACAGAACAACUUUGAGAGAUUAAUCAAAUUUCCUGGGGCUAUUUUGGAGUUUUAAGGCAACCAUGGCAUACCUACACAAAGGAUCAGAAGCGGGUUGUCUCACUGCCCAAGAGAUGGAUGAGCAGCGACAGAAAAAUAUCUCGUACCAGUAUCUAUGUCACCUUGAAGAGGCCAGGAAAUGGAUGGAGGCAUGUAUAAAUGAAGAGUUACCAGAAGCUGGGGACCUGGAAGAACAGCUCCGUCAUGGUGUCUAUCUGGCCAAGUUAGCUCACUUUUUCGCCCCUGACACUGUUCCACUACGGCGUAUCUAUGAUGCUGACCUGAUCAAAUACCAGACAAGUGGAUUAACAUUCAGACACACAGAUAAUAUCAACCAUUUCCUCAAGGCUUUAGAGAAAAUUAAAUUGCCAAGUAGCUUCUACCCAGAGACGACAGAUGUAUAUGACCGCAAAAACAUGCCCCGUGUUGUGUUUUGCCUACAUGCUCUCAGCCUUUACCUGUUUCGACUUGGGAUUGCUCCGCAGAUACAAAAUCUAUAUGGCAAAGUUAUCUUCUCAGAGGAAGUAAUGCUGGCUAUGAUGAAGGAACUAAGCAAGUAUGGCUGCCAGUUGCCACAGUUUGGCAAGAUUGGUGGGAUUCUUGCCAAUGAGCUGCCAGUUGACGAGGCAACACUCCACGCUGCCAUUAUUGCAGUCAAUGAAGCUAUUGAAAAGGGUGAUCACUGUGAACUGCUGGAAACAUUAGGCAAUCCAUCAUGUCACCUUCAGAACAUCCUUGAGGAAAACAUAGACAGUUAUCUCCAAUGUCUGUUUGAUGCCAAGAUGCACAAGAAGGAGAUGGCAAUAAACAAGAGCCGUGAUCAGGAUUACAUUCCCGAUGCUUAUGAUGAGCUGCUCACUCAGGCAGAGAUUCAAGGUCACAUCUCCUAUGUUAAUGCUUUCUGUGCUACUGAGAGAGUGGAAGAUGCCGUCAGGGACGAGAAUGUUGAAGCUUUGAUCCAGGCACUCAGCUCCUCAGUCCUCUCCCUCAAGUAUUUCAAGCGUGAACUGUGUGAGGAAUACCUGGAGGCUCUAGCGAGGGAGCUGGCUGACCCCCAGGACCCAGGUAUCAACCAGAGCUUUAACUACAGUCUCAACACAUCUCUCCUACCAACCACACUCAGCAAGACAAUCAUACAAUCAAUUAUCUCCUCGGUUAAUAAAGAAGCAGAAUUCCAACAAAAAUUGAUGAAGGGAAUAACAGCUGUGAACCAGAAUUUAGCCUGUGGCUCUCCAUCAGACACAUUGAAGGCUUUACUGGAAUUAGGGCCAAAUCUUCCUCCUAUACUAGAUUUUGCUGCACCACUUUACCAUGAAGAGAUGGCUGCCAUUCGCUUGGAUGCCCAGACUGACCUGAGCUUGGAGGAAAUUCAAGGAGGAGUACGCCUACUGUCUGCUGUAGCACGGGUUAAUGCUGCCCUUGAUACUAACAACCCGGCUGAGGUGUGGCACUAUCUCUCUGACUCCCACACACAUCUUCAGAGCCUGGAAGAAAGCUAUGCUCGGGAGUACUGCUCUGCCAUGGACAAUGCCCGCCAGUCCAAGAUAUCGUCUGAUGAGUUGUGUCCCUUCCUCACUUACUUUGACCUCCAACAAAUUGUAGAUGAUGUUAAUUUGAGGCUGCAGGAGGUUAACAAUAAGGUUGGAGCACUAAAAGUUGUUAAUGGAGCUGUGGGUGGAGGUGAUGUAGAGGGGUCAAUGGCUGCUCUGAGACACCCAGCUCUUAAAUUAUCCUCUCUGCAUGCCAAGGACUCUCUUCACUACUACCAGCUCCUUAAGCUACUUAAGGAUGCUAAAUGUGAGAUGCUGGGAGACAAUGCAGCAGAACUGUGGCUGGAGGACAUUGUAGAGGUUGUUGAUGCGGUGCGGAGACAUGCAGAAGAGUCGUCCAGCAUGGCAGUGAUGAUGGCUAGGGUGAACAAUGCUUUGGCAGCUGGAGGUGAUUCUAUCAUUAUUGAUGUUCUCAGGUCUCCAGAUUUGACACACCUACACAUCAAGAACAACUACAUGUUGGGGGUCCUCACUCUGCUCAAGAAGACAUACAGAGAGAAGGAAGCAGUACCGACCAGAUGCCCCUGGCUCCCUUACUCUCUUAAUGAUGGCUCUGAGGUGUUCUUGAACUUGAAAUCUGGUAAAUAUCAGUGGGAGAAGCCAGAGGAGGUGGUGGUGGCCCAUCAGAGCAGAUAUGUAACACAAGUGGACCUGGAGGAGGCUGUAGCAUGUGUCAUUCAGCAAGAAGCUCACAAUAAGCAGUUGGACAGAUUGGUGGUGAGACUCCAGGCAAGGGCACGAGGCUGGCUCACUAGGCAGCACUUACUCAGACAGAAAUAUGCUGCCAUCACCAUCCAGUCCUGGUGGCGCAUGAUCCGAGCGCGCCGCACCUACUUGAUGUAUUGUCAAGCCUUAAAAAUGUGGGAACCCUACAUCAUUGUCCUUCAGAGGGCUGUACGUUCGUGGCUACUCCGCAGAAGAAUAAAAAAAGUCCACCAGCACUUCACCAACCACGAAACUCAAGUUGUCAUAAUCCAGAGGGCGUGGCGUGCUCAUAAGGCUCGCCAAGACCUACAUUCACUCACACAUCAAGACAAUCCACCUUUGUCUGUCAUCCGGAAAUUCAUUCAUUUACUCGAUGUCUCUUCAAGUGAUUUAGACGAGGAAUUUUUCUUACAGCGUGUUAAAAGUGACAUGGUGAAGACAAUCCGGCACACACACCACUUGGAGACAGAAGUGGAUGAGCUGGACGUCAAGAUUGGUCUCCUGGUGCACAAUCGCAUCACAUUGCAGGAUGUUCUUCCAGCAGAUAAGGAAAACAUUAACCCCAAUGUUCCAGACACAAAGCCAAGAAAAACCAAGAAAGGGUCCAAAGAUACAUUGAAAUAUUGUUCAAUGCGAACUCAGAGGGGACUGAAGGCACUGAAGAAGGAGUCCAGAGAGAAGCUCCUUUGCUACCAGCAUUUGUUUUAUCUCCUGCAGACAGAGCCCCAUUACCUUGCUACCCUCAUCUUUGCCAUCCCCCCUGGCAAGACCACAAAAUUCAUCGAGAAUGUAAUUUUCACCCUUUACAAUUAUGGUGCUAAUGAUCGUGACAAUUAUUUGUUACUUAAAUUAUUCAAGACUGCUCUGGAAGAAGAGAUAAGAUGUAAAGUGUUGCGUUUGAGUGACAUUGUGUCUGGGAACCCCCUGGUUGUGAAGAUGAUUGUGUCAUUCAAUAGGAAGGGGGCUGGGCAAGCCUCACUUAGGGAUAUGCUGGGACCACUCAUUCACAAGAUCCUGGGUGACAACAAUAUGCAGAUCAACACUAACCCAGUAGAGAUUUACAAGACUUGGAUCAACCAGUUGGAGAUGCACUCAGGACAAACCAGUGGACUGCCAUACACAGUGAGCCAGGAUGAGGCAUUGCAGUACCCUGAGGUUCAGAAAAGAUUAGCUCAGGCCAUCAGCACACUCAAGGAAGUCACACUGGCCUUUUGUCAACAAAUUACCACCAACAGAGACCUCAUACCAUAUGCUAUGUUGUACAUGUCACGCGUCAUGAGGUGUGCACUACAGCGCCGUUUUCCACAUGUCCCAGAAAAGGAGAUAUUGAAAGUGGUUGGUAAUCUGGUCUAUUAUCGUUACAUCAACUCUGCCAUUGUAGCACCAGAUGCUUUUGACAUAGUGACAGUCUCCCCUGACCAGAAAUUAAAUAAUAACCAGCGCCGCAACCUAGCCAGUAUUGCUAAAAUUCUGCAGUUUGCUGCCUCCAAGAAAGGAUUUGGUGAUGAAGCAUCACACCUCAAGUGCCUCAACCCUUUCAUUGUGGAGUGCCAUGAGAAGUUCAAGGCUUUCUUCCGUGAAUGUUGUGAGGUGCAGGAGCCAGAGGCUGUGUACAAUGUUACACAGUAUUCUGAAGCAACGCUUAUUGUCAAGCCUACCAUCUACAUCACAGUGCAGGAAAUCUGUGAGACACAUCAGUUGUUAAUGGAUCAUGAAGAGAUUCUGGCCCCAGAUAGCAGUGACCGUCUACACACCUUGUUGUCAGACUUGGGAGAGCGCCCCUCUGUACAUGCCCUGGUGGGGGAAGCCAUUGAGUUUGGGUCUGGCACUGUGGGGAGGAUGGAGGUUUGUUUGGCUCUCACUAACAAGUUUGACAUGACAGAAACAGCAGAGGAUAAAGACACGAAAGAUUCUAAUAAACUUUUUAGCAGAACAAAACAGCUUUUAGUAGAUGUCAUUCGAUGUGUUGAAGGCGGUGUAGUGGGAGAGCUGGUGACGGGACCUACCUUGGCUCCCCAGGAGGAGAAGUACCGGAGUAUCGUCCACACUCGUAACCAGCAAGAACACCAAGCUAAGAUGAACCACACUGCACUCAACCGUUCCAAUUCUUUCCUUUCUGAAACCAGAGUUAGUCUUCAUGAAGUAAAGACCCGCCUGAGUCACAACCUUCGUCGGCUUGAAAAUCAGGGUCUUGGUUCACGAUCAGACAACUAUCAGACUCUUCUCAAUGCUGUUGCCAGUGACAUUGUUAACCAAAGACAACACCGAAUAUCUAGGAAAAUGGAGCUUCAGCGAUUACUAGGAACAGCCAAACAGCUUGAAGACAAGGAAAAGUUUUACAAGGAACAGCUGGAGUCAUACCACACUUACCUAAAGACAUGCCUCAAGAAUAUUGCUGCCAGAAACAAAAAUGUGCAUCACACAUCAGGCAAACAGGGUGGGGAGAAGGCUCGAUCAAAGCAGGCCAUCAAAUACACAGCUACAAAACUAAUAGAGAAGGGAGUAUUGUUGGAGGUUGAAGAUCUGCCAGAAUCUCAACAGAAGAAUCUCCUGUUUGAAAUCACUCCUUUGGCCACCACAGGGAUUUUCCAUGUACAAGCCAAGUUUAUGGGUGUGUCCAUGGAAAAUGUUGAGAUUGAUAUCCAGGAAUUGCUUCAGUUACAAUAUGAAGGUGUGAGUGUCAAGAAAAUGUUCUCCAAAGUUAAAGUUAAUGUCAACCUUCUUCUCUACUUACUUAAUAACAAGUUCUACUCUAAGAAGAAGUAGACUUGCCAGCCUGGAAAUUUAUGAAUAGGGCAUAGAAGAGGAACAUGACUACCCCAUGAAGAGAGUUGGUUUUUUAAGUGGCAAUGAUGGCUAUGGAAUUCCCAAAGCUCGGUUUUAAUCCACAGUUUAAAUGAUUUACAGAUUAAUUUACUACAGAUUGCACAGAUAUAAUAGGCUGACUUUCAUUCAGUCUUGCAGAAACAGGGCAUAUUCAUACAGUGUAAGCUGGAAGUUUACAUUUUUCAUGUAAUUACUACAAUUGUAUUUUCCUGGGAUAUGUACUGCAAGACCACAAUGAAUUUUUGAAGAAAGUAGUUUACAAAUUUGUGUUUAAAUUGUGGAAGAACAUUUCAGAGAGACACUUUCCCUGUACAUACCGUAUUGUAAUUGUAAAUUCUGCUGGGACCUGCUACACUAGACCAUAAUAAAAUUUUUAAUAAAGGUGGGGUUGGGUUUCAUGCAGUAAAGCUGCUGUUGAACAUCUUAUGUUGGUCAGUGUUAUCCUUUCAUCUACUAUAAAUGUUUAAUUUUGUCUCCCAGAAUGUGUUCCUCCAUGGUUCUUCCAAGGACAUGAUUCCAAAAUUUUCUUAAAUAACUGUCUUUCCCUGCCCAAUGUUAGACUUUUAAGUUUAUCCUAUUCUUAAUAAGAGUGCAAUUUUCUCAUAAAUUAGUGAUCAGUGGUAACAAGAUUAUCGCAAAGGAUAUAGUUUUUAUUAGCAGAUUUUAUUUCAGGAUAAUGCCGUUUACCUAAAACCUUUUGAGUUUGUUGCACUUUGUCAUCUGCCAUAUAAACAUUUUAUCUUAGUGGUGCUAUAUUUUAGAAUUACUUCAGGUAAUGGCCGUACUGCACUGUAGCAGGAAAGGUCUUGCAAAAGUGUAAAAACUUCAAGUAUAUGAUACAAAGAAUCAGGUAAUAUAUAUUCUUGAAUGCCUCCACA